CUCUGGCCACUUACAAGGAGCCCUUUAAGACCUGUCGCAGUCACACAGAGCUUGCAUUCAUCGCCAGGCACAGCGACCGAGGUGGCUGGGGAAGCCUGCAGUGUCACCGUGGAAAGCAACUGAGGGGAUUCUCCUGCACAAGACACCUUCAACUUUUCCUCAGUACUGAAGUCCCGCCCUGUUGACUUUUCAUCGCGGGAGCGACAGAGGAGAGCGACACGGGGAAGUCAUCGGCUAGGGGGGCGAGUUUGGUGCACACCGCUGUGCUUUAGCAGGUAAACUGGGGUCUAAGGUGCGCACUCGGCCGCCUAUGAUAUCAACCACACGGAUGGAAAGAACUUUGAUGUUCAACCCUCAUAGAGUUUUACAACGGAGGCUGAGAGUAGAGACAGAUUGGCAAUUUAUAUUAUAAUUCGACAGCGGUCCGAGGUGACGAUCAAACGCGCCAAAGUCAUAGUACUGCCCAUCAGUGCAUCAGAGUAGCGACCGACGGCGGGCAGGCAACAGGUAGAGUUUUAGGAAAAAGAAAAAAAAAUUAAAAGAAAUCAAGCAUCUUCAUGAAGAUGUCCAGAGAGGAGCAAAGCUCGUCAGAUGUUGAGCUCAGUCCCGGCGCGUCGGACGAUAGCCGCUCCCGAUCGCCGGGUCAGUCGUCCGGCGCCGGCGGGGACGAGUCGCCCCUCCGUAGGCAACGGCUGCUGGCGGUUCUGGAUGACGGCGCCGGGGGUCAGCCCCUCGGUAAAUCCGACGACGAGGACGAGCGCUUCCCGGCGGGGAUCCGUAAGGCGGUCAGUCAGGUGCUCAACUGCUACGACUGGACGCUGGUGCCCAUGCCCGUGCGCGUCAACAACGGCAACAAGAGCAAGCCGCACGUCAAGAGACCGAUGAACGCCUUCAUGGUGUGGGCGCAGGCGGCGCGGAGGAAACUGGCCGAUCAAUACCCGCACCUGCACAACGCCGAGCUCAGCAAGACCCUGGGGAAGCUUUGGAGGCUUCUAAAUGAGAGCGAUAAGCGACCCUUCAUCGAAGAGGCGGAAAGGUUGAGAAAGCAGCACAAGAAGGACUACCCCGACUACAAAUACCAGCCUCGACGCCGCAAGAACGGAAAGACCGGUUCCGGGUCGGGGAGUGACGCGGAAGGCCAUUUGGAGGGUGAGAUCAGGCAUAGACAAUCCAUCUACAAGGGCCUCCAUCUGGAAGUGGUCCACACUGGGGGAGCUGGGUUCCCUCUGGCAGAUGAGCAUCACCCUCAUGCUGCAGGUCACGGCCACAGUCCUCCGACGCCACCCACCACACCCAAGACGGAACUUCAGUCUGGGAGGGCGGGGGAAGGAAAGAGGGAGGCUUUGGGCCACGGGGUCUCCCGUGGCCCAAUGGAAGCGGAGGGUAGUUCAGGUGCGGCAGGGUCCGGAAAGCCUCACAUCGACUUUGGCAAUGUGGACGUCGGUGAGAUAAGCAACGACGUGAUGGCCACCAUGGAGCCUUUUGAUGUCAAUGAGUUUGACCAGUACCUUCCCCCUAAUGGCCAUCCAGGGAUCGGGCAGAGUUCUGGGUCAGGAGCAGCGACGCCCAUAACUACCGCAUCUCAAUACACCUACGGCAUCUCCUCCGCUCUGGCGGCGGCCUGUGGACACUCCGCCGCCUGGCUCUCCAAGCAGCAGCAGCCGCCGCCGCCGCAACAACACCACCACCACGGCUCCCCUGUGAGCUCAGACCCAUCCAAGACCCAGAUCAAGAGCGAGGCCACCACCGGCGGCGGCGGCGGCGCUCACUUUUCAGAGUUGGCCACGGCCGGUUCCCACGUCACCUACGGCCCUCUCAGCCUCCCCCACUACAGCGCUGCCUUCCCUUCACUGGCAGCCAGGGCUCAGUUUGCCGAGUAUGCCGACCAGCAGGCCUCCGGGUCGUAUUACGCUCACUCCAGCCAGGCGACGGGCUUGUACUCCGCCUUCUCUUACAUGGGGCCCACCCAGAGGCCCCUGUACACGGCAAUCGCCGAGCCGUCGGCUGCGUCGCAGUCGCACAGCCCCACGCACUGGGAGCAGCCCGUCUACACCACGCUGUCGCGGCCAUGACAGAUAACGAGACCAGAGGGCGCCGGUGCCGCUCCAGCCCCCACGCCCGACCCGACGAGCAGCGGUGGUUUUGGUGAAAGCGGUCCGGGCGGAGGGGAGCGGGCUGGCACCGGGGGAGCCUGCUGGGGAGACGGGAGGGAAGAAACCCUGCCCCGUUCUUACCCGCAGGCGGAAAUGAUGUCGGAGGUCAAGGCCGAGUUUGGAGCGUGGCGCUUUUAAAAAGCGUUUUGCCCAUCAUUUGGUGCACUACCGCCCGUCUUGCGGUGGGAUAAAUGAGGACUUUGGCACCACGCCGAAGUUCGACGGCACCAAAAUGGACACGGCUCCAAACGAUUAGAUCAAGGACGACGUCCCUUGCCGGGAUGGCGGCUCCCUGCGUGCUUAUGAGCAAGUAGAAACGGGCUAGGAUGGUUCACUCGAAGAAGGAACAAACUGUAAAGCUACAAAAGAAUGAAGGGCGAUCGAAGCCCGAGCACUCAUUCAAUGUAUCGGUUUGUUUUGCGGAGGAGAGCCCGCUCACAUCUCAGGCACCAUUUUGAAAUAUACCGCAAUUGAUUUUCAGGGCACGUUUGUCCCCGUUCAUCUCGUUGGGUUCACGUUUCUUUGCAUUUUUUUUUUGGAGCUACAAUGAAUAUGCAUGUAGGAGAGAGCUUGCACCAUUGCUCGCUUAUUAAAAACCAACAACACAAGAUCAUCGGAAAAUCCGAUACCAUCAAUGAAUGACUCCAAAAAUGUGAUCCGAUGCGACAUUCCAAGCCGUCUUACAUUCUUACCUAAACAACACCGAUUUGCAAAUUGCUACUUAAAAUGUCACGUCAAAAAGAUUUUUCGCCGAAAUGCGAGUUCCACGCUCACCAUUGUGCACAAUUUCAGCCCGACGGCAACGUUCACAAAACGCCGCCGCGGGCUCACAGAACCACUUGAAGAUGCAUUUUCAUGAAGCGUCACAUUUCAUCGCCGCUGCGCCUCAUCUCUUCAUUGGUGCUCGUUACGCAUUCAAUUCCAAAAUUAAACACAUUAUAUUCCAUAUUAGCCCAGCGUCAUUUCCUUAAAUAUUACUUAUGAAUUUACAAAGCAUGCAUUUCAUAUCUGUCAACAUCGCUCAUAUUUACAUUUUUAUCUCCACUUGCUCUUUGUUUAAAAAGCUAGAAAACAUAUCCGAUGGAUUUGUCUCACAUAUAAUCAUUAAAUAUCCUUUUUUUAA